UAUGGUCGGGUAAGCAUAGGCAUGGAUGACUAAAGCUCCACUUAUGCACUCAUGUUGCUUCUGUAGAUUUUGAUCUCUUUACCCGUUGGAGAGCUGUCUACCUCAGGCAUGGCGUCUGACGAAAGCAAACCAAAGAUAGGCGUUGGACAGAUCAUUGUUAAGAAAAUAUAUACGAUUUCUUUCUGUUGUGCCUUAACGAUAAUGCUGCUUAACCAGGAAGUCGAAGCAAACGCCGAUCAUGGCAAACCUCGUUUCAUGCAUAUGCCGCUACGCCUUCGCAAUCCUCGAGGAGCAGGUAUUUCUCAUCAGGGAGCAAGAGUCCCGAAUUUGCCUGAAUCUUGCAAUCUUCCCGAAUCCCACAACUUAAGAGUAACAGAAGAAUCUGAACCAGAGCCAAAAGAUCACGUCAACUUGCUGGGAGAUAGUAGCACUAGCCCAAGUUUUGCACAACUGCCACAGCACAGGUUUGAUCCUAGAGGAGCUGGUGUGUCGAGGCCCAUGGAUAAAGAUUCGGCGAACGUGGAAUUUGCUCCUACGAAUCAGAUGGAAAGCGCCUCUCCUGACGUGAACCAGGUCCGCUUUUCACAUCUACCUCGACUUCAUAAUCCUGGGGGAGUUAACGUUGUUAAACAGAUCCGAGCUGCUCAAGAAGCGGUGAAUAAUGAAAAAGUAAACCUUCCAGCUAAUGAUGAAGGUGAUAGAAGCUAACUUCUCUGCGUCUUGCAAGCACCAGAAACGAGUCAUCUGGAGUCUCUCUCCACUUGUACUACCAGAGUGUAGACUUCGAGCAUUCUUAAUCCGACAUAAUCAUGGCAUACAUACGUAAUGUUAGUUCGAAAGUUUAGUUUCUUUCAGUAAUACUCUUUCUAACUUGUCAGAUUCUACAAACUUUUGAGGGCAAUUUCAGGAUCUUAACACGCCAUCACCUUAAUGAGUGUAUAGUUGACGUUUAUCUUGUACAGUGAAUAUCACUAUGAUAAGGUAAGCGACGAUUUGCACGCAUUAUGUAUUUACAUAAAUUAACUAUGGUUUUUUGAGGUGCUAAGACGUUUUUCGAUGCAAUCCA